AAAAAAAAAAAAACUGGCCGAGAGAGAGUGAGAACCACUAUUCACCCAUCCGUUCAAAGAUUAAAAUACCAAAUUUCAGACACAAAAAAAAUUCAAAGAAAAAAAAACAAAAGUAAUCGGAAGCUUACACACAGAGCUCUCCAGUCACCCAUUCCCCAAAGAGAAAGAAAGAAAGCAGCUUUCUUUCUUCUGAAUCUCAAAAGCCUGAGGAAGCAAAUCAAAUCCAUCGUUCAUUCGGAUUGUUAUUGGGUUCGGACGGAAAUGAAGCUAUCUGCAAAACCCAUAUCGAGUCCGGGGCGGACGGACAAGUUUCCGCCGCCGUUGGUGAGGUUUCUGAGGACCAACGUCGGGAGAAGAAGCAGAGGCCGGUUGCGUUCGAGCCCAAUGUUCGUGAGGAAGAAGAACGCCGCCGCCGCCGCUGUCGAAACCCAAGAGCCGUCUUCUCCUAAAGUCACGUGCAUGGGGCAAGUCCGAGUCCGGCGGUCAUCUAAGCAAGGCGGUUCGCGGACCGGAGGAGCCAGACGGGCCACCGGAGCUCCGACCCGACGAAGGUGCAAAUGGAUCUCAAACGCCCUGUUUUGCCGCCAUUUUUCCGGGAUAAUCAAGGCCAAGUCUUUUCGACCCGUUUGGCGCAAAUGGGUACCGUUUUUUCAACUGGGUUUUUGUAGAAAAGGCGAAAUCAAAGAGGACCCACCAAAGAUUGAAUCGAAAUUUGAAGACCCAAUUGAAGGUUGUUCAGAUGAGGAAGAUUUUAUCGAAGAACAAGAAGACCAAGAAUUCGAAAGAAAGGCCAAAGCUUUCGUCUAUUCUUCUUCUGCCUCCACGCCGCCGAAGAACGCUUUGCUGUUAACCCGAUGCAGAUCUGCGCCGUACAGGACGUCGUCUCUGGCGAGCAGAUUUUGGGGGUCGCCGGUGAGAGCCGAGGAAACAGAGGCACAACAAAAACCUACGUCAGAAGGGGAGUCGAUUUCGGGUCAGGAAUCGAGAUUGGAAUCGGAGAGCGAAGAAAAGUUGGAAUUUUUCAGGGAAUUGGAGAGCGAAAUUCGAGAGAGAAUGGCGAAAUCGGCGAGCACCGAAGAUAAAGACUGGGAUUUCGUCGGGUCGGGUCGGCCGCUGAUACUGACGAGGUGUAAAUCGGAGCCGGCGAGAACGGCGGCGGAGAAGCUCGACCCGGAGUUGUGUUUCUGGAAGACGAGAAGCUGGAUUAGUGAAAACAGGGUAAAACGAUCAAAAUUUUAAACUAAAUUUGCAAACUAAAUGAUGCAUUAUCAAUAUAAGAUAAGCAUGUUAAUUAAUAAUUAAGUAAUAAUUCAAUCAUAAAUAAUCACAUCAUUUGAAUUGCACAUUUAGUUUAAAAUAUUUAAUCGCUCUAACUAAUCUGUCAAAAUAUAAUGUGAUCCGUCAAAAUUUAUUGUUAUGAACGUAGUAGUUUCUGAAAACGUAAUUUUCAGGAAACACAUCUAUUUUUGGUUCAAUAAUGUAAUAUGAAGUAAAUAAAAGCUUAUAGGAAGUAUAAAUGUUUUUUUUAUCAUAUUUUUUAUAUUAUAUUUGUAAUAUCUUUUUAAUAGAAAUGAAAUCUACAUGUACUGAUGAACUUUAGUUUUAUUAGAAGGGUGGUAUGAACUGUAGUAUGUAUGUAGUAAGUGUAGCAUUACACAUAUUUUAUUACUGACCAAAAAUGUCUUGAUAACACGUCGUAUAACACAAAACCAUUUGUUUUUAGUUUUUCAGUGUCACAUAAUUGGUUUGAGAUGCAGUAACUUUGGCCUUUCGUUUCAUGUAAGUUAGCUAACUACAAGUAAGUUGUAGAAGCUUUAGUAGUUAGAAACUUUUUCUUAAAUCCGCUAAUUUCCGAGUUUAAACAAAUUUCCUUUCCAAUUAGUGUAAAAUGAGGGUUGUGCUUUAAAAAAAGAAGUUAAGCUGCCUACAAAAUUUUAUAUAACCUUACGCAUUAAACGGACAUAAACCCUUAAUAUAAAACAAGUUAAGUACUUUUUAUUGUCUGUGUAGCGUUCAUCCAAAUUAAUUUUUGCAGGUUUUUUUGUAUAUUUAUUGUCUGUUUAGUGUUUUUGUAGUUCUACUUGUGCGUAUUUCUUGGUCAUUAAGACUGAUGAGGCAUGAGUAAUGAGCAACACCCCAUGGACAUGGUCCAUUUGGACAGCUUUAUUAGUAGCGUCUUUAACGCCAGCCAAUGGAUUGAAUACAAAACUCAGUUUCUGUU